CAGUUCGGAAAGAAGUCGAGUGGAAGUCCGAGUCAGUCCGACUUGAUUGCCCGAAUGAAUAUUGGUUUACACUACACACGUGGUGCAUGAUAUGUAUAUCGACAGCAUAUUUACGACCCGGUGACACUUAACCAAAAGAAAUCGAGUCGUCGGAAGGUGAGAGCACAAUCAGGAAAUCGAAUUUUGUCAAUAUUAUUAUUCAAUGGCUCAGUAUCCGCCCAUUAACGCACGUCUGGCGGUAAACAGGGUAGACUUCAAUCUAAUAACGAACGACGGCGUCCAGCCGCGACUCUACACUCCCGGCGAGGAGAUAUCAAGUCAGCCGGAUUUCUUAAGAGGUCAUGGAACCUAUGUCGAUGAGGAUAAAACAUUGCGUGCAUCAGUCGCUGGUAUCCUGGAGAAGGUGAACAAACUUAUAUCGAUCAGGCCAUUAAAAGCUCGUUACAAUGGGGAAAUUGGUGAUCUUAUCGUAGGAAGGAUAACAGAAGUACAGCAAAAGCGUUGGAAGGUUGAUGUAAAUGCCAAGCUUGAUGCAGUUCUAUUAUUGUCUAGUGUUAAUUUGCCUGGUGGUGAAUUGAGAAGAAGAUCCGCCGAAGAUGAGCAGACGAUGCGUAGGUAUUUGCAGGAGGGAGACCUGAUAUGCGCGGAGGUGCAAUCGAUCUUCGCCGAUGGCUCGCUUUCUCUACACGCGCGAGUGUUGAAAUAUGGCAAACUGUCGCAGGGGAUAAUGUUGAAGGUACCGCCGAUGUUGAUCCAACGCAAGAAAACGCAUUAUCAUACUCUAGAAAGCGGCGCCAUUCUAAUACUUGGCUACAACGGCUAUGUGUGGAUCGGCGCAAAUAUUCAAAACGUCGAUAAAUCCGAGGGUGGUUUCACGGAGGAUCUGUCGAAGAUUCCAGUGGAGAACCGCAACAACUUGGAAACAGGUAGUCGGCAAGUAGCGAGAGACAUGGACGCAUGUUUCAAUGCCUUUGAUAAAGACUGCGACGGAUUCCUGUCGAUCUCGGAAUUCGAUCUUAUAUGCCGCGCGUUGUUUCGAAAUGACCGCGGCAAAAUUUACGGCCUCGAGGAAGAUCAAUUGCGUGAGGUGUACUCGAUCUUUGAUCUUAAAGGCGAUGGCGUGAUUGACAGAGAAGAAUUCGAGGUCUGCUGGAAUCGAUGGAUCAAAAUAUGUACGCGUCCCAAAAGCGCCUUCCUAAUUGUGGAUGUGCAAAAUGACUUUAUAACAGGUUCCUUGAACAUAAAACACUGCGCCGCGCAACACGACGGUACGGAAGUAAUCGAACCAAUAGUAAUCGAACCAAUUAAUCGAUUGCUGGAAACUGUGCCGUUUGACUCGGUGUUUUAUUCCUUGGACUGGCAUCCCGUGGAUCACGUAUCCUUUAUUGAUAAUUUGCACUUGAGGGAGGUAGACAUCAGCAGCAAUAUUUCAAAGGAAGCGGCACGAGUAUACGACACUGUAACGUUCCGAGGUCCACCGUUGCAGAAGCAACGUUUGUGGCCGCGUCACUGCGUGCAGGAUUCUUGGGGUGCCGAGCUUCACAAAGAUCUGAAGAUCCUCGACAACGCGAUUAAGAUUUACAAGGGCACAAACCCAGAGGUCGACUCCUACUCGGUCUUCUGGGACAACAAGAAGCUCACCGAGACCACGCUAUCGUCGCAGCUGCAGGAAAAAGGCGCCACUGAUAUUUACAUCUGCGGACUGGCUUACGACGUUUGCGUGGGUGCUACUGCAGUGGAUGCGCUCACAAGCGGUUACCGCACUAUAUUGAUCGACGAUUGCAGUCGCGGCGUAGAUCUCGUCGACAUUGAAAAAACCAAAGCCACCGUAAUAGCUAGCAACGGCGUGAUAGUAAACUCCAGCCAGAUCAAAGCUAUGGUGGAGGGAAGAGACCGACGACCGGAACUCGGCUACAAACUUGCAUUGGAAAUUAAACAGAAAAUGAAUCUCGGUGAAUAAUUGUAGCAGAUAGUGUAGUAUACCUAGAAACAUUUGUUUGGUAGAUUAACGUGAAAAGUCAUAAUCUCAUAUUUUGAAGCAGAUCUUAUAAACAUAGAACAGCUGAAAAUGAAAAAGAUAAAAAAAAUGUAAAGAUGUAUUAUAGAAUGGAUAUACCUUUUUUUUGUUGAGCGAUAAGACAGAUAUUAAAUUAGGCAUUAGAAAGUAAGUGUUGAAUUUGUUAAUAAGUCUGUUAUCUUUUUGAAAGAUCUUUUAGGAAGAAUUUUUUAGGAGAGAUAAAAUUUAUAAAGCUUGGAUUUAAGAUCUGAAAUGAGUGAUAUAAGCAUUUAAACUUAGUACAGAUAUGUAUAAAAUUUAGUUGAUUUUAGAAUUUAACGAGAAAGAUAUUUAUUAAGUAUUUAUUUAAAAAAUAAGUGUAAGUUAAUUGAGUCAAGGAUGAUUUAUCUAUGUACAUGUAGUACAUAUAUUAAUGAGAAUGAAGUUUUUGUUGAGAAUAAAGUUUUCAUAAUAGGUUCUUGCAAAAGUAUAUUAUAUUAGGAAAUAAUGAAAGAUAAAAUUAAAGAUUAGAAUGUUGCUUGUCGAUACAUGCAAAAUUAUUAAUAAUUUUAAAUAUGUUGGAAUUAAGAAAUAUAAAAAUUUUAAGCAUUGAGUUUUAUUAUCAUACAUUUUCUUUAUAUUAAAAAUACAUGACAAUGUACGCAUUAUAGUUUGAUUUUAUUACAUAAAUUAUUUUAUUUCAUUAGAAAUAUUUAUAGAUAAAAGCUUUAAUGUUUAUAGGUAUGUUUAUGUAUGUAUAUAUUAGAAAUAUAUAAAAAAUAUAUAAAAUAAAUAAAAUGUAUUAAAAAUA